AUGAGCUAAAAAGACUCUUUGAGAGUGAAAUGCACAAUAAGGGAUUUCUAUUUCUUUUUCCUUUUCUUUUGUUAUAAUCAUAUAAUUAUGAAGAGAUUGGGGUUAAAUUAAAAUAUUUAAAAACUUGGUGGUUAGAAUUAAAAUUUAAAAACUUUGGAAAUAAACCAACUUCCAUUCUCAAAGUUGGAAAUAAACUUUGUCCCAACAAAGCUCCCAACAAAGCUGCUGCCCGUUCUUCUUCUCUUCUUCUUCUUCUUCUUCUUCUUCUUCUUCAGUUCUUCCCCUACUUCUCUCUAUCUCCUCUCCACUUUUUUCUCUUUAACCAUUUUUUUUACUGAUUUCUCCUCCAAGAACAUUCUUUCUCUGCAAAUUCGAGUUUUUUGAGAUAAAAUGGAAACAAAAAAUCAAAAAGGUUAUAAAAGAAGGCCUAGAAAAAAGGCUAGGUCAACGGAAGAGGAGUUUGCUUCUGCUGGAGAAGCGGAUAGGUUUCCACAAGCUCAGGAAACAGAAGAAUUGACCUCAUCAGCUCGUGGUUCAAUUAGAGAAGAUGAAAGUGUAGAAGAUGAGGAAUCAAUAGAUCAGGAAGAUAAAAAUGAAAGUGGAAAAGAAAGUGUAGAAGAUGAGGAAUCAAUAGAUCAGGAAGAUAAAAAUGAAAGUGGAAAAGAAAGUGUAGAAGAUGAGGAAUCAACGCAUCAGGAAGGACAAAAUGAAAGUGGAGAAGAAAAUACAGAAGAUGAGAAAUCAACGGAUCAACAAGAAGAAAAUGAAAGUGGAGAAGAAAAUGCUAUGGAUCUUUUUAUGAUGUUUAUAUAUGGUUGUUUACUAAAACAACAUGAGGUUAUUUAACAGCUUCAGUGGUUGCUUAAACAUUCACAGUAGUUGUUUAUGAUGUUUAUCGAUGGUUGUUUACUAAAACAACAUGAUGUUGUUUAACAGCUUCAGUGGUUGCUUAAACAUUCACAGUAGUUGUUUACGCUAUUUA